AUGUCUAAAUUUGAAGAAAUAUUUUCGCAAUAUGAACAAAACAAUAUUUUUAAUGUGAAGGUGCUACAAAGAUAUAGUAGAGGUGUUUUAGUGCAGUAUACAGAAGAUUUUAGCUCAUUUAAUGACAACUCACUUUCGUUUAAAAAUGUACAUGAUCUUGAUAACCUAGGUUGGGUUCCAAUUAAUGAACUAUGUGGUGAAUAUAAAAACUACAAUGAAUUGAUAUCCAGAAAUCUUGUUGGGAAAACUAUUCCUGUACUGUACGAUCAUUAUGACAGUAAUAACAACAUCCCAAUUCUCUCAAAUUCUCAUGCAGUUCGCAAACUGAUGCUUUUAUAUUUGAACCCGGGUGACGUCGUGAAAGGACGCGUUAUUCGUUCUGAUAAAAAUUUAGCUCUUGUUCGAAUUGGGGAUAUAAUUGCCUUCCUUCCUGUUUCAGAUAUGAGUGAAGACACCUAUCAACAACACCUAAACGGAUACUCGUAUGAUAUUCCGGCGGUAGUAACAGCGGUAGAUGUGAACAAAGAAUAUGUUCAACUAUCUACGAAAACACUAUCAAAAGUCACUGUUGAACAACUAUCAAAUGUGAAUUCUUAUAUAAAAAAAUAUAGGAAAUAUAAGGAUAAUAUAGAAACUUAUAAUAUGAGCGAACAUUCCAGAGGACAUCUAGAAUCCAAAAGAGAAAGAGCUCUGGACUACUCGGGCAUUGAAAUUAUGGGACUAUCCCAACAUAAGGGACCUUCAUCUCUGAGGUCUGCCACUACAAUAGCAAGAACAUAUCAUGAAGAGAACAAACAUAAAAAAUGGAACCUGCUGGAUGACAACUUCUUGGAAGAUGACGUUCUACAUGCAUUCGACACGAAACGUUGGCAACUUUACAAACAAGACAAUUGGGUUGACCUACCAGAGAUUGAGCAGAUGGUAUUCAAUAGAGGUUACAAUAAUAACGACGAAGUUUGCUACUACAAGAGCAAAGGGUAUGAGUUUUAUACGCUUAACACAUUUAUAUAG